UAAUAAUUUAAAAUAAAAAUGGCUUCAACUAGCAAGAAGGAGCCUGAAAGCAAAGUGACUCCUCCAGUUCCUGCUCCUCACAGACGCUAUUCUGAUCCUACUGAUAAAGAUGGCGCUAAUCCUGAAGGAGGAGAAGCCGAAGAGUUGGAUCAAUACGAGGCCUCUCUCCUCAAGUCAGGCUGCGCCAAGGAGCACUACCAGCUCCAGGAGUGCUACUAUGACCAUGGAAACGACUGGAGGAAGUGUCAGGAACAAAUGAAACUCUUUAAAGACUGCAUGUCAAAGAAAAAGCCUAAAUAAGACUUUUCAAUAACUUUAUUUUCCGUAUAUUUUAGGACACUUAAA